AUUUGUUAUUUUAUAUAAAAAGCGAAAUAAUAUCGCGUAUGUCGUUUUGAGUGUAAUCCAUUUGACGUUUUGUUCAGCAAAAGCCGCUAAAUUGGAACAUUAACCAAGUAUUUAAAUCAUUUUUGGGACUAAAUUGUGAGACGAUAGUCUGUCUGACUAAUUGGGCGAAAGUUUCGUUGAUGGGGUUCAAAUACACCUUUCAAUUGUCCGUGCAAUAAACAGCACCUAUAUGCCUUUCUAAAUAUAAUAAAACGCAACUUUUUGCAAUGAAUGCAUCGUUUCAUUCAUAUACUGAUAUACUGGCGGCACAUCAGCAAGAUUCCUCUAGUCCGGAAAGUUUCCCUUCCGUAGUCAUUGGUUAUCGGACCAGUCACACCAAGGAUAUUGCUGAAAGUAACUCAAAUAUUUCAUCGUCUCAACUGUCGUUUAUGGAUGAAUCUUCGAAUGACUUUAAUAAUCAACAGUUAAUACACCCAAGCACAUUAAUCAAAGUGUGUGGUGGUUGUGGAGAUAAAAUAAGUGAUAGAUAUCUUUUAUAUGCUUUAGACAGAUAUUGGCAUAACGGUUGCCUAAAAUGUCAUUGCUGUGGAGCGAUGUUAGCCGAUGUCGGCUCCAGUUGUUUUACCAGACGAGGUUUAAUACUCUGUAAAAAGGACUACUCCAGUAUGUUUGGUAGCUCUGGGGUUUGUACUGGAUGUGGGGAAACUAUUCCCCCAAGUGAAAUGGUUGCAAAAGCUCUUACUGGAAUAAAUAAUAAUAUCGAUUUACAAAAUCAACAAAAACAUAUUAUAAAUUGUGUAUAUCAUCUUAGAUGCUUCAGUUGUGCAAAGUGCGGUUCGAAUUUGCGUCCUGGUGAUAGGUACACAAUGUUGGGAGCUAACCCGGUUUGUGAACAAGAUUGGCAUAAAUUGCUUAAGAAUCCAUCGAAUUCGAAUGGAACAUUAGCACAGCGAAAAGGAAAAGUUGGAAGACCAAGAAGAUCAAAGGACUAAUAUAAUUACAUAUUUUAACUUAAAUAACAUAUAUUUUAGAUCA